ACGUCAUUAAACUAGUGUCAUGGCGGAGAAAAACGUUUUGUCAGACCGUUAAAAUCAUUUCGUCAAUAUAUUUUCGUAUGGUGCUGUUAAAAUGGAUCGACUAAUGUUAAAUCGGCGACAAAAGACGCUCGGCGACAAAAUAGAUUUCAUCCCAGCUGGAGACGGAUUGCCAGUAUGGUCGAACUUGUCUUUAGAUUCAAAAUUACCAAUGAUGUCAAGCCCCAAGGGUUCUGUUUUACUUUACACAACAAAAUUAGGGAAACCGAAACAUCAGUGUAAACAAGAACUUGAUUUUGACCUUCGUGACCCAAACGGCAACUACAUCUCCAACGAGUACCAACCCCUGCACGACCCGCAUUUGAAGACUCAUUUCAAAUCGAGUAUGAUGCACCGGCACCUUAUCAAAAAGGGGUUUAUUUCGGAGGAUGGAAAGGUCUUGUGCUCUCUGAAAGAGUUCAAUGAGUACAGACGGUAUCUUAGACAUAUCUACUUCCUGGAAAUAGCAAAGGAGAGGAAAGGGGAGCUUGAAAGAAGACAUAAACAGAAUGAACACGACAGAGCGGAAUUGCAGAAGAGAGCAUCACGUGGUACACUUGUUCGCAGACGACUUCACCAGCAGAAGGAAAGAGAUACAACUAAAUUAAAACAGUACAUGGAACGGAAGUCGGACAGUCUUCAGCAACGGUUGAGCCAAGUUCGAGAGGAAAUGGCACAUAAAGAGAGAAAACAACGCGAAGGAGCAGAGAGGCGCCAAAUUACCAUGUUGCAGAAUCAGAGGGAGAGUGAGGAGAGAAAAUUAUCAAUGUUACGACGAAUUCAACAGAGAGAUUUAAUGAAGAGGAAACUUGAUGAAGACAAAGAAACGCAGCGAAAAAUGAGGACAGAAUUAACGCGAAUGGAAACAUGGAAUACUCGGAUACAGGCGCAGAAGGAGAUGAUAGACCAUUAUAAUGAGGCCAUGAAACAAAAUGAGGAGGAAAGAGCAAAAAAUAUUUCAAAGCGGGAAACAAUGAUUGCAAAGAAAUGGGAAGAAAUUCAAAAGAAAAUAGAGCAUCUAAAGCAGACGGCCAAAGAGAAGAAGCAGAAGAAAGACGAAUCAUAUUUCAAGAAUCUCAGUGAAAAACUGGCUUCCGGUGAUUAUAGAAUAUGGACCAGACGAAAGUUUCAAGAGCGACGGCGUUCUCCAAAGAAGACGUUUCAUAGUUCCUGGAAGUUAACAGACGUUCUUAGGACCUUUGAAGUCCCCAAAUAUACAUCACAGCAAGGUGAUCCAGAAUUACUGGAAAUGUUAAAUGCCGCAAUAGACGGUGCAGUUGACAUGGUUACAAGCUCGGACAAACUGGACGAAGGCCAUCUCAAAGAAAAAGCACGAAACAUUGUAAAUGACGUUAUUGAAAGGGUGAAGACGGACAUAUAUCCACAUUAUCUUCAAAUGCUGGGCGACGACACGAAAGAUGAUAUAGAAGCAAUUAAGAGCAAAUCGGUCAGGUUUAGUGCAGAUGAAGAAGAAAUAAAAGCAAGCCUGGAGUCUAUUCAUAUAGAUUCAAGUGCAGACAGUUUAACUGAUGGAACAUUUAAACUUAAACCAGUUUCCGAGCACAUUCUAACACCUUGCGCUUCUCAACUUGAACUGAAGAAACUUGAAGCUGAAGCGAUUCUAGGAUCACCGGAACUUGCCGACAAGACAGGUUCAAUUUCAUUCGUUGAAACACUUUUACUGCGGCUUCUAGAUGACCUCAAUAGUGGACGUCUGAGUAAAGAAGAAAUCAUGAAACUCGCAUCCUAUUCUAUGGAUAUUAUACAAUCGGCCGAGACUGAAAAGAGCGAUGCCAUAAUGGAAGUUCCUGAGGAGAGUGAAUCAGACGGACCAUACCUAGCAUCCAGUUCCUCAUCCAUAAUUGCAAAGAAAAUGAUAGAUUUCACUCUAAGUAAAAUCCUAACCGAUAUUCAACGUGGAAACGUUCACCAUGAUGAUUUGGCAUCAUUGGCAGUUUCUUUGUUAGAUAACGUAGUGGAAAGCGAAAGCAGUGCAAACGUUUCUGUCAGUGAGGAAGACUUAGAUGGAUAUAUUGAGGAGACAAUACAGAGAGCGGCAACGUCAGACAUGGAUCCGAGAGAAGAUUCAUUGGUCUGCGAAACUUUACUAGAUGAUUUCAUGGUCGUUACACUCAAAAGUCUUAUCAAAGACCUGGAGAAAGAGGUUCUUACAAAAGAACAAAUUCAAUCACUGGCUAUGUCAGUUAAACAAGAAACUAAACACAUUUUAUCUUCAAAUUCUGAUGCAAAUAUUGAAAACACAGAAGAUGUCCAGAAUGUUUUGCAGGAUGUUUUAAGGCAUUUACUAUCAGGUGCUUUAGAUUUAAAGACAAUGUAUCAAGUCGUGUUUGCCAUAUCAUAUGCAUACAAUGCCAUAAAAACGCACUCGUCCCUAAGUGUAAAGAAAAUGACCGAUUUGGUUAAAGAAAUCCUUUAUGUGGUGGAACAAAACGCAGGAAAUUUUGAAGAUCUUAACCUUAACAUCAUUCAUGAAGCAAACAACAGGAUUUCCAAUACCGAUCUUAACCCCAGACAAGUAGAAGACUUAUCUGUUAAUAUCGUUACUGCUGUAACAAAGUCUGAUAUUUGCAAUGUGGAAAUGGCUAAAGGUAUUGUUGAAGACGUUCUGCAGAAAACGAAAGAAAAACUAGAAAGUAAUCCAUUUGAUACAGAGAUACGACAAAGUGUAAUGGACAUGGCCGAGUCAGUCAUAUACACACUACAGGAUAGCAGUGUAUCUCCAGCCUAUGUUGAUGUCCUUUUAGAUCUACUGAAACAUCUAAAGAUACUGAUCGAAAAUAAAGGGGGAAUAAACGAUAUGACAGGAUGUGACAUUGAUCAGCUCAUAACAAAAAUCGCAUCUAAGGCAAUCAGUGACGACAAUAUUUUGGAAAUAGCAACUAUGAUUGCCAAAAUUGUUAAGUGGCGAAUUCAGUCAGAUUCAUCAAUUGCAGCCUCUUUUGUUGUGAAGGAGUGUUUGGAAACUGCCCUUCAUGGUAUAAUGAAUGAUUCUGUUGAAGACGUCUUCUUAUGUGACAUGGUUAAUGCUCUGAAAUCAUUUUGCAAUAACUCAGAAACAUUAUCACGUGAUCCUUUGCCAUUUCUUAGAUCAUUAGCUACAUUCUUACGAAGUGUCCUGAAAGUUCUAACACACAGGAUACAAUCUGGUGAAUUAAACCAAGCUGAUAUCUCUGAACUUUCAGAUAUGUUCAAAAGUAAAAUUAAAAAUGUAGAAAAACAGAAUGAAGAAUUUAUCGAUGAUAAAGAUCUAACUCAGAUGAUCAAAUUUAUACAAAACUUUGCUAACGCCAUACAAAAUGGUGAGUUGGGCAAUGAAGAUGUAGAAGAAGUGGGAUUUAAACUCAUUGAAUGCGGCAGAAAGCUUGUUAGUUCUUUCAAACGGAAAUCAGAUAAAAUCUGUUCGCCUUGCUCAGACACCAUUGCAGGAGAUGCCGUGGAAGAAGUGAUUAAAACUCUUCAAAUAGAAAUAGAAAAAGGUGAUUUAUCCAAAGAUUCCUUAAAAGAAAUGACAAAAGUUAUUAUUGAGUCAACAUCUGCCUCGGACAUUGCAAGCGAAGUUGUUGCAUAUACAAUAAAAGGUAAAGAUGAAGAUAUUGAAAGAGGCUGCAGACCUUCCCAAUUGGAUUCAUUUCAAACAAUUCAAAGAUCUCCUUUAGCAUCUACGGUAGCAUCACAAAUAGUGAAACAAACAAUCGAAUCUAUUAUAAUGGAUAUAACACGGAAAGGCAUACCAAGACAGAUGUUAAGUUCUGUUGCAGUCACAAUGGUUACAAGCUUGUCCGGAGACAGAAUUGGCGAUAUCAACUUACAACAAUAUGUAAAAAGAUUCAGAGCCACGAUUUCAGAUAUUGUUGAAUGUCUUCGGAGAGACGAAGUAAGUCAGACUUAUGCUGAAGAGAUAUUCUGUAUUAUACUGGAGCAAUACAAGACAUGCGUUCUUCAUCACAAAGAUGAAUCUCAAACGAUAAACCAGUUAUCGGAUGAUGAUGUUGAACUGUUUAGCAACUUGGUGAUGGAGACCAUUCAAAAUGUUGAAAGAAGUGUUGAAAAAGGACGAAUGGGGGAAAGGGCGUUUUCAGAUCCCUUCUUACCACACUCUGAAGAUACUUCCGUUAUGGCUGAAGAGCUUAUAGAUGCUUGUUUGGAUAAAAUUAGAACUGAUAUUGCUGCCCAGAAAACAAUGCUUAUUCGGCCUACUCGUGAUUUAGUUGACUUUAUUCUCGAAAUUGUAACUAGGCUGCAGGCGGAACUUGCUGAUGGUACAAUAUCAAACCUCUCAAUGGCACACUUCUUCCAAACGAUCAGCAAUGAACAAGCCGACAUGAAGACACUUGAAAUGAACGCGGCAAAUAAUUUGCAGAAGGUCUAUGAAGACAUCAGACGCUACAGGGACAGUUCAUCCUACGUUAUUCGUAUACUUGAUACUUAUUUAAACCCUGACAGUGCUGAUGAAGUAUUUGGUGACCCACUCAAGGCUAUAGAAGGCAUACUCGUUAACGUUAGCUCUGAAAUUCUCACAAAGUUUGUUAAAGCAACGUUGCAGACAAUUUUGAUAGGUAUGAGAGACGACAGCAGUUAUUUAUAUGAAAAAGCACCGUCUGCUUACGUAUUAAGAUCUGCUUCAUCAAUAAUUGCGGAAAAUGUAAUAAAAGAAGUAGUUUCUCGUGUUAACUCUGAUAUGAAAAAUCGAGUACAUAAAAUACAUGGUACAGUGAGUAAGCGAGACAUAGAGAGAGCAGCAAGUAGAAUUCACUACGAGUCCCCAAGAGAAGCAAAGAAAUCAACAGCAGCUUUAUCGGCAAGCAGAGCAAGUGUGAACUCUGUUUUAUCAAAAGAACUCGAAGACAUUGUGCUUGAAACUUUACACAAUAUUGUGUCGAAUCUAAUGCUUGAACAAUCAAUGAAAUCACAAAAAGGAAGCAGAUCCCAUUCCGGCUCAGAUAUGUCGCAAGAAAUUGAAGAUUUUGUAUUAAGUUCGUUGCAGAGUAUUGUACUUGACCACCAAGAUAGGCGUUCGCAAUUAGAAAUGGGUGUAAGGCGCACUGGAAGUAAGUUUACCGAAUCAAGUAUUGAACUUGUGUCUGGAGAAAGUAAAGAGGCCAUGGCUUAUAUUAACGAAGUAUUGCAAAAUGUGAUUCAAGAAAUGAAGGCCGAACUAGCAGAUGAAGUUACAGAAAACGGAUCUAAUGUUGAUUCCCCAAACAUACAAACAAUGAUUCUUGAGUAUCUCCAAAAUGCAAUGAAUGAUUCACAUGACCUUACUGCGAUAGAAAGAUCAUUUGAACUCUUUAGCCCCGAUGACGUCAAUAAGGUUCUUCUGGAAACAAUAUCUGGAACUGUUCGUAAUAUUGAGGAAGACAAAUUUUCUACUUCGAAUUUGACAGUAAUGUACAAUGCAGCAACGCGUUUCUUGAAAGAUGCCGAUCCACAAUUUCAAUCGGUAGAAAAUGAAAAGAUCACCAAAGAUUUAAUUGUGGACCUUAUGAAGCAAGUCAAACUAAAAGUUGAAACGAUUGAAAUUCGCACGAAGACUCUAAACAGAAUCUCAUCUCAGUUGGUAACACUCGGAAUGGACGUAACGGACAUGGAAAGAUCUUCACCAGACAAUAAGGCAAGUGAUUUGUCUAUCGAAUCAUCAUUGAUUAGCGAACUCGUAAGAGAUGUUCUUGUACGAAUGUCACAUCAGCUCAGUGAUGAACUAGCAGAGGAAUCGAGGAGAAAAGAGCAAGAAACUGCUAAUAAAGAGGGAGGAGAACACUCAAAGAGUUUUAUCGAAAUCGUUACAAACAGUUUGAGUAAAGCAAACAGCAAAACAAGUUCUAAAAAGAAUGUGAACUAUAACAGUCGAAUGUCUGCGUCUACUGAAGGUAGUUGUUCUUCGGAUUCGAAUGAGUCUUCGAUACAGAAAAUUACCACGAAUACAAAGGUUGAAAAGGGCAAAAGUAGUAAAAAUGCCCCAACGAUACAGUCAAAGAAACCUGUAAGAAAAUCAAUGGAAUCGACUCCGUUCAUAAAGCAGUCUAGGAGCCCAUCUAAAAAAGAAACAACUUCAAAGAAAACACCAGAUAAAAUUGUCCACGCAACAAAAUCAUCGCCGAAGAAACAAAUAGAAAUAUCUCGAAGCUCGAAAGUUGUAUCUUCUGCCAAGAAAUCUCCUUUAAGUAGUAAGAAAACUUCAGUGAAAGAAACGGCACAAAAACAUCCAAUUAGGGCAAGCACCUCUGAAAAGAAAGCCACUGUAAAGAAAUCCUUAAGUCCGACUAUUUCUGCGUCUACUUCAACAGCGAAAUCUUCGAGUAUAGAGAUAGCUUUACUUAAAGGUAGCACUAAAAAUGAAGGUGUCAAAUCUACCAAGGACAAACACAGAGUGAGUAAUAAAAUUUCAAAACCUCCUGCCGAUGAAAAACUUGUCCGACCUAAAGAGUUAAAGUCAGUUAGCGGCGUACAUAAAACGAAGGUUAAAUUUAGAGAACAGAUCGAGGAGAGUCUAACGGAUCCUUGCACGUGCGACAAAGAAAUAAACCAGCAAUAGAUGAUGACAUGCUGGCAAGAAAGUUACAAGUUUCAUUAUCUCGAAAUAAUCUAUUUAUUUUUUGUAUAUGUAAUGAAAUUAAUAAAUCAUAUCAGAUA